AUGGCGACUGAAGCGGAGAAGUCAGCGGUGGACCAGGGACACACCGCUGAGAGUUCGAUUGCUCCGCCUCCGGCCCCAGCUGCCGCGGUUGCUGUAGCUGCUCCUCCCCUGCUCCCCCCGGCUCCCCCUGUUGUUGUUGCGCCAUCCGUGGUUCCCGUCCCGCUGUCACUGACUCCCCCGCCAAGUCUUCCGCACAAAGUUCCGGUGUCCGGCGCGCCGGUUCCCGUUGCGUCGCCGUCGCUCGUGGCGCAGCCGCCCGCCCUAGCUGUCUCUGGAGGCCCUGUGCUGGGGACAGCGGUGGUCGCCGGCCCCGAUUCUGCCCACUUGGUUGCCCCUUCGGCUGCGCCGGUGAAUCCCGUCGCGCAGCGGCUCGCGGAGUCCCAGAUACGCGCUCCCGUUGGGGGCAAUGCGGCAGCGCAUCGGGGGCAAGGUUCUCCUCGGCGUCGCCCCUCGUCGUCAUACCGUUCGGCGCACCGCGGAGGUCGCGGUGGCUGGUCCCGGCCGCGCCCCUUGCUGCACCUGCACUGCACGCAUCUGCGUACCCACGGGCUCCUGCUCGAGGCGAUGAUUGUGCUCCUCCCGCCCGCGGUUGUCCUGUGUCUGCGUCGCAGUAUCCGCCCCUGCCCUGGAUUCCCCCUCUUCCGGACAUGGGAUUUGUGGGAGCGGGAGGCGGAGGGGCGAGGGGGGCCUUCGUUCCCCCGCGUCGCGAUGCGGAUGCUCCGUCCGUGCAGCCUCCGCCCCCUCUUCCCAUACUGCCUGCCGCGUUGA